CGCAGCCUUGUCCACGCGGUAUUUGUAUGAAAUGGCGUGGGCUCCCAGUAUUGCGACCUGCUACGGUCUUUCGACUACUGCCUCACGGUUUGUUGCAUCUCAACGUGUUUCUUUGCAUUCCUUUCCUUGUGUCAGAGCAUUUCUCUUCGCAUUUCGAUCAUUUGCAACAACGAGCAUAGCUGCUGGUCAGCUCGAAACAACAUACUACCCGAAAAUAAUCAAGAAAAGACCAGUCCACGAUUUCACAAUCGUAAUCGCAUUUACAGAAGAGAUAUAUAUCGAGAUAAUCAAAGAUCGAGGCAAAGAUGCCGGCAUAUCAACAGCCACCGCAACUCUCAGCGAGUCUGCCAGGCAUCCUCAGACAGAGGGCAUCAGGAUCGACCCUUGUCCCACAAAUAAUCAAAAACACACUCCCGACUUGCGCGCAGACGUGUUUGUCAUCAUAUAUACCGCAGCUGUUUCCCAAUUGCGCCACAGAUGAUAUCACCUGUCUAUGCACAGGAUAUGGUUCUCAAGAUUACACCUUGGGCGAGGUGUCAUAUCUUUGCGUACAGACCGGAUGUCAGUCCGAUUCUUCAGGUCUCAGCACACAGGUGACGGCCUAUAACAUCUGCAAGAAUCAAGCUGGGUCUGUUCCCAACAAGCAUACAGUCCUCGUGCUUCCGACUGCAACCACCCUUUCCCCAACCUCGACAACCACACAGACCGUGCUCAGCUCGGGGACAACGACCACGGGUGGUCCGAUGACGACAACAAGUGCCGGAAGUAGUCAAAUUACAUCGAGUGCGCUACCGGGAUCAGGUGUGGGAGCAGGGUGGACAGCGACGACAACGGUGACAGUUUCCGACUCUGCGGCAACAGCGACUGGUGCGAGUGGUCAGCAUUCUGGCGGCUCGACCUCUUUGAGCAGUGCUCAAGCAGUUGGGGUAUCCAUAGGAGCCUUCGCAGGUCUGUUCCUUCUCGUGCUACUGAUAUGGUGUUGCAUAUGUUGCCGUAGAAGGAAGCCUGCGAAGGAAAUGUCGAAGCGCAAAUCCUACGAUUCCUCGGCUGAAGUGCCUCGUCGGACCUGGAAACCGCGAUAUGGCGUGACCCAUAUACGCGCGUCGCUCAACAUCCGACAACCUCAAAUGGCCGCGCAAGAAUCGGGGAUGCCUACAGAGCCAUGGGUAGCCCAGCGAACUCCCCGAGGUGCCAGCAGCAAGAACCGUGUUGAGCCCAUUCGGAACAUGCGCCCGGAUUCAUCCAUGAACAGAACAGCAUCGCGUUGGAGCCACAAGAGUGCAGACAGCAAUGGUUCCGUAUCGCAUCUGCUCCCAACGAAACCUUCUGCAGCAAAAAUCAAUACGCCUUCGCAAGAGACUUCCCACGCCCAGUUGCCCGCUGCCCCGGGUGUACCACCGAAAUCACCCAAAAUGACGGCCAAUGCUUAUACCCCCACCACAGUCUUCGAAGAAGACCAGAGCGCUUUCGUUCCGGGACUUCCGGCAAAUCCAGCGAUCGGACUUCGGCCUUUCAAUAAAUCCGAGCCACCAAGGAUGCCACCCGUCCGACCCGAUCGCUCACAGCAGCCGCCUCUGUCCCUUGAUAUACCGAAGCCCCUCUCGAAACCGGUCGCCAAGCCAGUCGCUAUGCCGUGGCCAGUUGCCCCAGCCCCAGCACCAACACAAUCGUCUUCGUCAAUAAUAGUGAUUUCACAGCCCGCGAUUCCAGCACCAAUUACACCGCCGAUGCCAAAGACGACGCCUGUCAUUGUAACUCACUCGGUAGCCACCGCAAAUCACAGAUCCGGCAGGUCACCGCCCAUGAGAUCCACAUCUCCUGAAGAGGACCACUCGCAAACACGUCGCGUACUCCCGCCUGCAUUGACCAUCAACAAGGUUGCGACUAGACAGCGAGCUGUGCGGUCAUCUACUGCCUCAGAUACCUCAUUUGAAAGCAUGGGCGACGAUGAGCCCACCCCACCCGAACAAGAAAAGCAUCUUACUCCGGUCGCAGAGAUGUCUCCGAUUACAGCGGUUCGCUAUCCCAAGGUGCCCCGAAGCACCAACCAAGCAGUGUCGAGAUCGCCCGCUCAGGCAGCGCCGGCUCGACCAGUGCACAACGAAGCGUACAGCACUUCCACACCGGGCUUCAGCCCCUCGAGAGUCUACCCGACGACGCCAACCACAUCCGCUGUUGGAGACCGGCAGGCCUGGUCUCCAACCGGCACGACUUUGAUCCGCAGUCAACGCUCAUGGACAAAGGGCGAUGAUGUCGCGAUCCGUACGCAACCCACGAGCCCGCUCCACAGCUACAAUCAACGCAGCCCGACGAUGAAUAUGAGGGUCGGUUCGCCCGCGUUAAGUCAGAGCUCGAAAUUGGCUCCGACCUUGAUGAGGCAGGGAGAUGACCUGUACCUCAGCGUCAAAGUCGGUUCGCCUGUCCAGACCGAAUUUCCUCGGCAGGCGCGCCCGCCGAAUGUGAUAUGAUACCCAUUUCUCUGAUGUAAUUUAUGUAUGAAGAUUCCCACAAAUCGAUUGAAUUUGACCUCUGCCCUUCGAUUGUUAAUUUGCCGUUAUCGCACAG